AUGGCUUCUUGGAAUUCAAUUCCAUGUCGUGUGGCAUAUGAAUUUUUGGGAUGGUCUGCAUUCGUUUGUUGGUCUGUUAGUUUCUAUCCACAAAUCUAUUUGAACUAUAAAAGAAAAAGUGUUGUAGGGUUAAACAUUGAUUAUGCUCUGUUAAACACGGUUAAGCAAAUUUACUACUUGAUCUACAAUGCAUCUCUUUACUUCAGUCCUACCGUUCAAAAGCAAUAUGGAAAUAAAUAUGGCCACAAACAGAUGAAUCCAGUAGCAUUAAAUGAUGUUGCAUUCUCAGUCCAUGCAGUUCUUCUUACUGUAUUUACCUUAUACCAGAUUGGAAUUUAUGACCGUGGAAAUCAAAAACUCUCAAAAACAACUGCAGGACUGACAACACUUGUGAUAUUAGCUUCACUAGUUUGUGUCUUCAUAGCUAUGCCUUCACGUGGUUGGCUUUGGCUAAUCUCUAUAUUCAAUGUUGUCCAAGUUGCUUUGACAAUUAUUAAAUACAUUCCACAGGCAGUGUUUAAUUUCAUGAGAAAAAGUACAGAAGGAUGGAGUAUUGGAUUGGUUCUGCUUGAUUUUUUUGGAGGGGUGGCAAACUUUUUACAAAUGAUUAUGCAAUCAAUUGAUCAAGGUUCUUCGAAGAAUAUCUAUGGGAAUAUAGGAAAACUUCUAGUAGCAGUGGUAUCUAUCAUAUUUGACAUAAUUUUCAUAUGCCAACACUAUUGCUUAUAUCCUCCCAAAAAAUCAGAGGCUGACAAGUCAUUAGAACAACAAUUAUCAGAGAAUCCUGUGAAUGCAGUUUAG